AAGUAAAAUAAACUACUGCCUCAUUAAGAAAUUAAACCAAAAAGAAGUGAAACGUUUGUGGCACAUUAACAGCUGCGUGUUAUUGUUGCGACAUUAAUCUUCAUUUGAAGAAAACCAAAAUAGAUUUUAAGUGUAAAAAGCUGGCCGUUUGUCGCAAGUAGCCGGUCCACCUUAACAGAAGUGGGCGGGCCUAAGCGCGACGGCCAAUGAGCGGCCCGCUCCGCAUUUAAAUAGCUCUCAGUGUCAAUCAUCCCCCUUCCUCGUCCCCCCGCCCCCCGGACCCAGGCUCCUCUCGGUCCAGCUUCAUCAUCCAUCGCCAUAUUGGGAGCUGAGACGCUUCGCCCGCAGUCUAUCUCACCGCGGGGCGACAUCUGACAGACAGCGCGGCUCCGGUGCCCCGUGUUUCACUUCGGUCUUUCCCGGCUCCGCGCAGACGACGCUCGGCUCCAUAACAACCGCGGCCGUUGGCGUCCCCUGCUCCGCGUCCUGCAUGGCAACAAGCCGCUUCUCUCUGGCUGUGGAUCCCGAUCAGAGGCGAGGAGAUACCCGUUGUUUUUGAACGGUGGUGGGUUUUUGUUCGCGUGAAAACUGGACGAUCGUGACGAGAAAUUGUCUUUCUUUACCUUAUUGCUAUUUUUUUUUUGGGAGGUGGGGGGGCGGAAAAAUAAAAAUGUCAAACGUUCGCCUUUCAAACGGGAGCCCGACGUUGGAGCGGACGGAGCCGCGGGUGUCGGAGCACCCGAAGCCGUCAGCCUGCAGGAGCCUCUUCGGCUCCGUGGACCACGAAGAGUUAAAGAGGGAUUUAAAGGGACACUUGCGGGAGAUGGAGGAGACUGCCUCCGCCAAGUGGGGCUUCGACUUCGCCAGUUACUCGCCGCUGGUCAACGACAGGCUCGACUGGAAGUUAGUGGACUGCAGGGACGUCCCGGAUUUCUACCAGCGGCCGCUGCGGACGAGGACCAGGGAGAAGGGCGUCUGCUCCGCCGGGAAUAACAAUGUGGAUCUUAACGGGAAUCAUAGCUGUGUUGUGGUGGCGGCUCCGGGCGGCGACAGCAGCGCCAGGUCUGACGGGCAGAUGGAGUGCACCGGGCUGAGGAAGAGACCUGCGUGCCACGAAGCCUCGGCCCAAAGCAAGAGGUCCCACAGCAGCAGCAGCUCAGAUGAGGUGAUCCGUCCCAGUCUGAGCCACUCUGCAGAACACACACCCAGAAAGAGCAGCCCCAAGAGGCUGACGUGAGCACCACAGACGAGCCGACGAUGUAUGUUCCCUUUUUUAUGUGGAAAAAUUCAGCGUUGGCCGAAUUUUUUAUUUUUUCUUCUUCUUUUUUUUUCUUGCAAGAGGAACUACACAGCAUCAGAAACAUAUCAAGUCUCCUGAAGGACGAGGAGGACGCUGUUGAAGCACUGAAUAGAAACACUAAAGUUGUGGCACUCAAUUAAAAGUUACUGCCUCUGAAAGCAGUCAAUGUAGCAGUGUGCAAUUAGGUUUGAUUUCCUUUUUUGCUCCUUUUUUUACUACCUGUGUGUAAAUAAAUAUAUAUUAUAUUAUAUUUCUCUCCAUAUGUAGCACAUAAGAUAACAUUAUGAUUUUGAAAACAAAUCCUUUAUGUAACAAGGUGUGAAUUUUGAUUUGACUUGAAGAAUUGCAGUGUAGUUUGAUACAUGUUUCCAAAAUGCUGUUUUUUGUUUUUCUUAUUUUAUCUUCUGAAAGACUUUGACACGGUCCCUAAUUGCUACAUUUAAAACAAAAUCAUGGCUCCUUACAGUUUCUUAUCAGUGUGUCUUCACUCCGUCAUCUCCCUAACUCAGCAGUGAAGAAAGGUACAAAUGUAGCUCAUCUGUCUUCUUUUUUUAAAUUUUUUUCUUCUUUGGUCAUUUCAGUGUCACCAAGUGCAGGUUCCUCUAAAAGAUCUAUUUCCCCAGGAAAUCAACAAAGAGAAAGACAGUAAUAUUUCUGUUUGAGUAAUUUAAAGAAAGUCCUAUUUAUUUUUGUGGUAGAUGCUUUUAGCAUCAGUUGAAAUCUGGAAUUUUUUUUUUUUUCUCAAGUACUCAUGCACACCUCAGCCACUUUGUCACGGUGUGUUUGAUUGUUCUCUGGAGUUGUGCGGUACUCAGACGUUGAAGGACUAAGAGCGUACAAACUGCACAGGUUCCUCGACUGUAUCCCUGUCGUUUCAUCAACCUUCGGAAAGGAGUUUUAUUUUUUAGUCUUUUUCUAAAUAAGGGUUGAAUGUCCUACAAUACCAAAUACAAUGGUUGCUUCAGUAUGGUUGCCAACACUGCCUUUGCUUCUUAGUUGACUUCACAUUGUAUUUCUUUGUGAUAACCUAGACUUAAUAUUCCAUUGUUUUUCUUUUCACCAAUGUUUAGCCUGCUGACGAUGCCAAUGUGAGCAUCUAAAAGCUUCCCUCUAUUCGCCUAAAGUGUGGGUUAUGUUCAAAGAGACCAGUGUGCACCUGGAUGCAGAGAGAAAGAACAGCUCGUCUCAGAAAUGCAGUCACCAUGCCUGUGUAUUUGUGUAAAUCUUUGCAAAUGUACCUUUUGUACAUAAUUUUGUAAAAACACUGAGAAAUUAUACUAACUUAUUUAUGUCAAGUUUUUUUUUAUGUAGAAUAAAAAAAAAAUGGGUUUUUGAUUACGGUUAUCCAAAGUGGCAUUUACUUUAUUAUAAUUGUCUUAUUUUGUAAAAGCAUAUUUUUUGUAGUUUUUUUUUUUCUCUUAUCAAUAAGGUUGCAAACUGAGCCUGAUAAAAUAUUUGAUGUGGAUUUUGUAAUGUGUGGUUAUAAAAUGUGUUGCAAUCAAUUAAAAGAAUUAAAUUUG